AGAAUUACAAAUGUUACCUUGAGACAGCAAGUGGAGGAUGUGGACUCUUUAUCAGAGGAACUGAUUGAUAAUACUGUGAAGAAAUUUUUGGAACAAGUAAAAGAAGGGACAUGGGAAUCAGGGGGAUGGCCUCAAGUGUUCACUGACUACUCAGUGUCAAAACUUGCUGUAAAUGCUUACACCAGGCUAAUGGCAAGGAUACUCGAAGAUCGUCCAGAGGGUCAUAAGAUAUAUAUCAAUUGCUAUUGCCCGGGUUGGGUGAAGACAGCGAUGACUGGUUGGUCCGGCCAUAUAUCUCCAGAGGAUGCUGCUGAUACCGCAGUCUGGCUUGCUCUACUACCUGACCAGUUUGUGAGUGGUAAGUUUUGGGCUGAAAGGCGCGAGAUAAGCUUUUAAUAUGUGGAGCAGUUGGUGUUUGGCAUUAUUUGUGAAAAUUGAUUGAUUACUUGUUAUAUUGGUGGAGAAUGUGAGCACUGAGCAGGAUUGGAUGGAAGAGCCUGAAGCGAUGGCCUAGUUUGUAGCAAUGCUGUUUUCUUGUAGAUUAUAUCUUGUUUGGACUUUUUUUUCACUAGCAGUGUGAAUGAAUUUUUCGUGUAAUUUAACUUCGGAAAUAUUAACAGAUAUAGAUUAUUAGAGGGGCAUGAUUAUAUUA